AUGGCCGAGGCCGAGGCUGGUAGGGCGGCGAUCCGGCGCGCCCUGCGGUCGCUGAAACGAAGGCACCUCGCCGAGGAAGGGGCGCACAGCCCGGCCAUCGAGGCGCUAACCCGUCCCUUCGCCGCCCACGCUUUGGAGUGGAAAGAGAAGGCUGAGAAGCAUGAGUUGGAGCUGCAGCACUGCUACAAGGCACAAUCCCGGCUCUCUGAACAGCUUGUAACCGAGAUAGAAGAAGGUAAAGCGUCCAAAGCACUGCUCAAAGAGAAGGAAGCGAUGGUUACAAGUUUGCAGACUGAACUCGAGAAGACGAGCGAAGAGAAUGUACAACUAAAGCAGUCACUUGACGAAAAAACAAAAGCCUUAGAUCUUCUCAUUCAAGAACAUCAGACAGCCAAUGCGAUGUAUGAGGAGAUGGUUCUAAAGUUAAAGACAGCUGGAGUUGGUGGUAUACAACUUAAUGCACAGCAAGAAGCUGAUGGCAUCAUACGGUGUUCUGAAGCUGGUUACAUGGAAACACCAAUCCCAUCAACAUGCACAAUAACUAUUCGUGCUCAUGAUGGUGGGUGUGGAUCUUUGAUGUUUGAGCAUAACUCAGACAAGCUAAUUAGUGGGGGUCAGGAUCAAACUGUUAAGAUAUGGAGUGCAUCUACUGGUGCCUUGACCUCCACCUUACAUGGUUGCUUGGGGUCUGUUAAUGAUCUUGCCGUGACCAAUGAUAACAAGUUUGUGAUCGCUGCCUGUAGCUCCAAUAAGCUGUUUGUGUGGGAAGUCAAUGGGGGACGUCCUCGCCACACUCUGACUGGUCACACAAAAAAUGUUUCAUCUGUUGAUGCAAGCUGGGUGAAGAGCUUUGUUAUUGCUAGUUCAUCCAAUGAUCGUACUAUCAAGACUUGGGAUCUACAGACAGGUUUCUGCAAAAGCACCAUAAUGUCUGCAAGCAACCCCAACUCACUAGCUUUCAUUGAUGGUGACAUCAUUUGUUCGGGCCAUAGGGAUGGAAAUCUUCGGCUAUGGGAUAUCCGUAGGGGGAAAUGCACUACACAGAUAGCUGCUCAUCUUGAUGUCACCUCGGUCUGUGUGUCACGGAGCAAAAAUUUUAUUCUUACAAGUGGGAGAGAUAAUGUGCACAACCUUUUUGAUGUUAGAACACUGGAGAUUUGUGGAACAUUCAGGGCCAUGGGUAACAGAGUGGUGGGCAGCUGGGGCAAACCUUGUAUUAGCCCUGAUGAAAAUUUCGUUGGUGCUGGUUCUUCUGAUGGAUCUGUUUACAUAUGGUCGAGACUGAAGAAUGGAACACCGACCAUCCUAGAGGGUCAUUCUUCACCUGUUCUCGCAAGUGCAUGGUGCGGACUAGGACCUCUUGCUACCUCGGACAGGAAUCAUAUUUAUCUCUGGUCUUGA